GUUGUUUGUUUUGUCUGUGCACCGCCAUGUCUGGCUCCGUCUAGUCGGACACAAAGUGGAAACAGCAAACAGGAAAACCUCCCAGUAACCCGUUUCAGUUCCAAAAUAGUGGAAAUUUUUACUGUGAACACCAAAAUUUAGUGCAACGUUGGACCACCUAAAAUGGCAAAAAGCAAACAAUACGUGCUAAUUAUAAAUCUAAGAAAAAGUUUUUUAAUAGAAAAUUUAUAAGGCUCUGCAUCGGGCCUAAUUCGGGAAGAAGUAGUUUUAGUUUUCUGUUAUUGGUUACAUCCGUUAUUUCGAUCACUGCUUGUUUCACGGUAUUCAUGUAUGUGGCAAAUAUUUUGUAGUAAAUAUUAAGUUAUUUGCUAGAGCAGAUUGUUGCUUACGGUUUGGAUUAAAUCGGCCAUCAGGAAAAAAAUCACCGAUUCACUCUAUCCUACGCAUCAAAUUCACGACGACGCAGAAGGGGCAAUACGUCGGCCUAAGUUACAUAAUAAUGUUUGGUGGCCUCAUUGCAUAAAUGCAAAGGAAUAACCGUUUUAGCACUCUGCGAAGCCAUAUACUACACACUCACACUACAUCCGUCAAGGCAGAGAGCGUGCAAUAGUUGCGCUACUAUCACCCAUUGCAACGCGCCACUAUAUCUCACCAACCAAAAGACAAACUUCGAGUCCUGCUUGUGUACGCGGAAAGUGACCCCGUUUCAUUAUUUUGACUGGUUAGCUUUAUCUAUGCCAUUAGUGGUGAUAGCUAAGAAAAGCCUGCUGGCUACUGCAGAGCCACGCGAGGAUAAAAAACCAAAUUCAGGUGAAGACCACCAAAUUCCCUUUUAAGCCGACAAACCGACAGCUCCGGAAGCCGGUGGUGGACCCACCACAGCCGCCAGCGCAAUGCAGCAGACUACAACCCGGACCGAGAUGCGUCCGGUGAAGUACCACUAUGCCGAUUCCUUUUGGUGCACCUAUCUGAUAUCGGUUUUUGCUGCCAGUAUUGCCGAAACGGUAACCUAUCCACUGGAUCUGACCAAAACGAGACUUCAAAUUCAGGGUGAGGCAGCUGCAGUGACCGGUACUAUUAAAAAGUUAAAAUAUAGAGGCAUGCUUGCGACCGCUAGUGGCAUCAUUCGCGAGGAAGGAACACUUAAGCUGUGGCAGGGCGUAACGCCAGCACUCUAUAGGCAUGUUGUUUACAGCGGAGUCCGCAUCGUAACGUACGAUGGCCUGAGAAAGAAACUUCGCAACCACAACAACGAUUUUGCGCUGUGGAAAUCUGCACUAGCCGGAGUUGGUGCCGGGGCUCUAGCUCAGUGGCUUGCUUCGCCGGCAGAUCUAGUCAAGGUGCACAUCCAGAUGGAAGGGAAACGGCGAUUGCUGGGACUGGAACCAAGGGUACAUGGGGCGGCACACGCCUUCCGUGAGAUUGUCAGUCGUGGCGGCAUCGCCGGCCUGUGGAAGGGUAGUGUUCCGAAUGUACAACGCGCGGCAUUGGUCAAUCUGGGCGAUUUGACAACUUACGAUACGGUUAAACGAUUUGUUAUGAAAAAGACCGGCCUACCGGAUUGUCACUUGGUGCAUAUUAUGUCCUCGAUCUGUGCCGGGUUGGUUGCAGCAACGAUGGGUACUCCAGCAGACGUAGUUAAAACUAGAGUGAUGAACCAGCCUACCGAUUUGAAUGGAAAGGGCCUUCUCUACAAGGGAUCUCUGGAUUGCCUACAGCAAACCAUUGCUAAAGAGGGCUUCUUUGCCCUUUACAAAGGAUUUUUACCGGUUUGGAUUCGUAUGGCACCGUGGUCUCUUACAUUUUGGCUUUCAUUCGAACAGAUUCGAACUAGCCUUGGUGCUGGUGGUUAUUGAAACGGAAACGCUUUUGUUAGACUUUUAGUGUGCGUUUUUUUUUCGGAGUCGGAAGUUUUGUUUUGUGGGAUUCUAGAACAACUAAAGCCACCGUGUUUACUAGCGUUCGGUAGAAAACUUUUGCAAUAGAAGGCACAAAAACAGACAGUUCAAGCACAAUAGCCGAUUCACAGAAACAUGAAUUACAAUGACCUUGGCACAAGAGGAAUCGAACUGUUGAGUCAUACGCGAGUGUGCCAUCUGACUUUCUAUUGUAAGUUUAUUAUUUUACUUCGUAGUAUGUUCUUUCUUCAACAGCUUAAAUCACGUCAAAUACAGUUGAUCCAUUCUAACACAUAUCAUUUACGAAAAAAUGCUUAUUGGAAACUUUUGGUUGGAGAAGAACUAUAAUUUUGAUCUGUGAUUUAGUCUGUAGGUAUACUAGAAUUAAGCGUGUUAAGCCAAUUUCGAUAGGCUAAUUAAUAUAUCGAACAGUACGGUCUGAGCGGUCACAGUAUUAUAAGAAACUCACUCAAAAAAAAACUUAAUCCUAGCAGCGUCAAAGGUUUUCAUAAAUAAACACAUUCGACUUUCACAUCCACAAUCAUUUGACGCAAUUCCUCAGGGAACUAAUUUUUCACCACUGAAAUCCCUUCAGGGGUUAUUGAACUAUUCCUGAGUGCCAUUGUACGAUCAUAGUAAUUUUAACCAAACAUGAUCUAUACAGAUUAUUUGUUGCUCAAUUUAAGCAGAAAACAUAUUCACGCUGGGAGACAACUUACCGUUGCCUAAAUGAUCUACAAUGAGACUUGUCACUCAGCAUUGCAGCAUUACAUGUGUAAAAUCCACGAAUUCACAUGUAACGCACGUAUGAGCGGGCUGCCUUGUACUAUACCAUUAUCUUUACAUACUACAUUAAAAAUCUAACUCGUGACAAUACCGCAUUAUAUCAGAAUACUAAUAGAAAAUAUCUGUUCUUACUAUCCGAGACUAAGUUUUGAGCAUGUACCCAUAGGAACAUAAUUGCGAAUGUAACGCUGCUAUUUAAAACGUCCCUUCAUCUGCCAGGAAACCCAAAUAAGUGACCGCAUGCUCCGACCACUGACUGGGGAGAAGUGCAGUACUGUUUUAGUAAUACCUACCCAACCUCCUAAUAUGUAUGUAGUUAUACAAAUGAAAAAAAAUACACACACACACACACCCUAGCAUGUAGUGUCAUACCAAAAUGAGCAGAGACAAUAGUCUUAAUGAGAACAAACUGAAAUAAACUGACUUACUGAUGGGAUUACAUUGUUUUUAAUGUAAACCGAAAUCCAGUUAACAGUUAUUUCUUUGUCUGGGUCUGGUUUGUCUCAUCAUCGAACGAGCUAAAUAUGCUAAAAAUCAAAUAGACGACUGACUGUAAAUUACAAUAAAACGUAUUUCAUUAAAAAAGUAUUUUAGUCUGAUUUACCUGAGACUUAAAAGUCUAAACUUUUGUUGGGAUCAUCAUAAAAUAGAUUAUAGAUGCGCACCACUU